AUGCUUGCACAAGACACACGCGCCCUCCGCCGUCUCGAAGUCGAUGUGCGCCCGCUGGGGCCACAGCGCACAGCGCGGGUCGCGCUCCCCACCGCCAUCACACCCGGCGGGCUGUAUGCCAUCCUCGCCACCGUGACGCAAGCACCUAUCGGUCUCUCGUCCUCCCGUUCUGCGCGUUGUGCCCGCGCGACGGGCGCUGGCCCCCGCCUCGAACGGCGCGUACGGGACGCAGACCUCGACUGCGCCGACGACGCAGUGGAUAGAUUCAUGGCGACGGUGCCAUCUUUGCCGUGGUGCGCCGGACGACACGCGACAUCCCAGAGCGCGACGAGGCCUUUCCGCACGGGAGUCAGCGUUCGGAAGGUCAUCGUUCAACAUAGGCAAAGACGUGACACAACGGCGGCAGGGGUGGACACGUACGAGAGCGCAACUCGCGUCUGCCCACCACGUACGAUUGACCACGGAGGUGGCUCGACUAACAUUCCCCACGCUCCCUUCCACAAGCUCAAGCUCCCAGAGCGCGACGAGAAGGUCGGCAUUCGGAGGGCAGACGAAGGUGGAGCAGGACGUGCAGCGGAGGGACGGCGGCAUCCAGCCGACCAGAUGUGGCCGGAGUUACCCGGCAGAGAGUUAUGGUCGGAGACGACGUCAACCCAAGUGCAGGACCUCCGCAUGGUAGUGCACGAUGUUGGCCAGCAGGUCCUUCUCGCAGCCGGAGGCAAUGCCGCGAGAAGAAACCUGUAAUGCCCGGACCGUACGAGGACGACAAGGUCAUGCGAUGUUAACCCAAGCACGACGGCGAAAGGAACACAGAAAGACCAGAGAAAGAUUAGUGCGCAAUGUUCAGUGAGUGAUCGGUCCGCCGGGAUGGAUCCCUGCAGGCGCUUAGAAAAGAAAAAGAUACAUGAGCCGAGAAGGGCUGGGCGGUUGCUCCCCUGAUGCCGACGGGCACCCGGUCGAUGGCACCCGCGUGCAACUUGACGAGACAAACCCGGCCCUGCACACCCCUCCCCCGAAC